UAUAAAGAAGAAGAAGAAGACGAAGAACACGACGAAGAAGAAGCUACUUUGUUCACCUGCUAAAAGUAUGCCGUGGUUUUUGAUAAACAGUUUUGCAUGCUGUUAUCCGUAUAUUCCACUGAGUCUGUCACCGUGGAAUAGUUACAAAUGAGUAGACUACCUCAAGGACAUGAGAUAUCUAGCUAAGGUAGCUAGUGGCUAGAUACAUUCACUGAAUUAAACUGGUAUACCUAGCUAAUGGCAAGUAGAACAGGGGCUUGUUUCAUAAAGCGAGUUCAAACCAGGUUUGUUUCAGGGAGAGUCACUGACAUAAGCAUGUCUUAUUCGGUAAACUUGCUCUAUGAAACAGGUUUGACAGGUUCUGUCAAAGCACGGAUGGACGCAUGUUUUACAUUCAAAACAUAAAUUACGUAUAAAGCAAGGUUCUCAAGUUUUAUGAAAUGUUGGCGUGGGAUUACAAGCCUAUACUUGAGUGCAGCAAACUAAUAAGUAGGGUACAACAGCAAAGCAGGUUUGUUUGAUAUUGUUCUGCAGAUAGAAAACCUCUGCCGCACUGCUGGCCCUGACUGACCUGAGUGGCACAGUUCAGCUCUUGGUCUUCCAUAGGGACAACUACCAUGAUCCUGCCCUACUUGGCUCCCCAGUUACUGCUGCUCCGCAGAUUGAGCUCCAAGCCUUUCAUCAGCAACAGGCUUCGGGACAACUACCGGGCACUGCAGCUCCCAGAGGAUGGAGAGAGCAGCCCUGCCCAGGUGAAAGAAGCCUACCUAAGCAUGGCAAAGCUCUACCACCCGGACUCUGGCACUGCCACAGCUGAUGCAGCGCUAUUUGCCAGGGUUGAGGAGGCUUACCGUGCAGUCUUGGCGCACAAGAGACAAGUUCAGGCCAGCGGAGCAGAGAACGUUGAGGAGGAGGAUGAGGAUAGCAUGAAAGGUAUGGUUCCUCAGCACCGACACUAUCUCAGCUAUGAGGGCAUUGGCUUGGGCACACCGAGUCAGCGGGAGAGGCAAUACCAACAGUUCCGUGUUGACAGAGCAGUUGGGCAGGUACUCGACUAUCGCCAGAAGGAACAUGAACGAGCAGCGGCUGAAGAAGGGGAAAUAGUGGUGAGGGAUAAGCAGAGCCGGCAGAUCAAGAUUACCCAGGCAGUUGAGAGGCUGGUAGAGGAUCUGAUCCAGGAGUCCAUGGCCCGUGGAGACUUUCGCAACUUGAGCGGCUCCGGAAAGCCCAUCAACAAGUUUGACCACAACCCAUAUGCUGACCCCAUGACCCACAACCUCAACCGGAUCCUCAUAGACAACGGGUACCAGCCACCAUGGAUUGUCAUGCAGCGUGACAUCCGUGAGACCACUGUGCAGCUCCGUGAGAGGCUGCUGAAAGGGAGGGCAAAGUCAGGUGAAUCUAUGACUUUGAGGGAGAACGCUCAAUGGCAGCAGCUUUGUGGAUCCGUACGGGAGGAACUUGUGAAUCUAAAUAAAAUGGUGGACAACUUCAACCUUGUUGUACCAAUGCUCUCCCGACAGAUGGUCCAUUUCAGUUUGGACCGUGAGAUUGCCAUUGCAGAGAAAGCGGCCCACCAGCACAGACAGAAGAGAGAGAUGAAAAGGGAAACUGAAAAAGAAAAGAGGAGGGAGGAGAGAAAGAGGACUAAAGUGGGCACACAACAGACUACACAAGGUUUACUAUCAUGGAUGACGAAUUUACUCAAAUGAAUAAUCAAUCAACAUCGAUACCAUUGAUACAUUGUGAUUUAGAAUACUCUACUUUGAAUAGUGAUUUCAAAAUUUGAUGUAUGAACACAUUAAAAAAAUUCAAGGUAA